AUGCGCGACGCUGACAAACAAGAGUGGAGCGUCCGGAUCAACACCCAUCGGCUGAUGAGGCCUGUUGUCCUCGCUUGGCUCCACAAGGACUCGCUGAUCGCGCGCCAUCGGCUCGAGGACUUCAACCUCACCGAGGAGAAGCACGGCGACAUGUGGACCGAGGAGGAGGACUCGAUCAUCUACAACGCGGUGGUGCAGCGUGGGCCGUGCUGGACCGCCAUCGCCCAGCUGCUGCCCGGCCGCACCCACUCGGGGUGCCGCAACCGCUGGGUGAGGAUGCAGGAGCGGCGGCUGGCCGCGGCCGGCGUGCACGUCACGGGCGCGACGCAGGUGAUGGAGGUGCUGCGCAGGCUGGGCUUCUCGUGGGGGAGCGACGCGAACGCCGCCGGCGUGGCGCACCUGGCGGCGGUGGCCGCUCAGCAUGGCGGGGACUCUCACGGUUCAGGCGUGGCGCACCUGGCGGCGGCGGCGCAGCAAAUGGCGGCGGCGCAGCAAAUGGCUGCGCACUGA